CCACAUGAAAGUUAAUAUGUAGAACUACAAUAUUGUAGAUUUUGUAGUAGUCCCACAUGUAGGCUUUCAUUAUCUGAAAACGAUCUUUCUUAAUAGUUUCCACCUAAAUCAAAACAAUUUGAAAAAAAUAUGGAAAAAAGAUGGGCAUUUCAUAGAAGUAAAGAUGUGAUUUUGGAGGUUAAACCUAAGUGCUUGUGUAUUAAUAACAUUUUCACAUUUUUCAGAAUUAAUGAAUGACUUCAGCCUAAUUUCAACAUUGCUCAUAACUGUCUAAUUUCUUGCAACUGUAGACAAAAGAUUCCUACCUAACUACAGACUUACUGGUCAGAUACAAUAGGAAGUAUGCUUUUGUAAUGAUGAUUACUUUUCGCUGCCUCUGGUCGGAUACUAUGAGCAGACACAUCGCUAACUUUUACGGGGAAGCAAAAAUAAACGUUGCAAUAUCUAUUGAAAGUGUGAUUUCAGAAUACUCUACUUGCCGCAGCUGUGACACGUAACAUCACAGAUAGAUAUAUUCAGUCAAACUAAUCUUAAUUUUUUGUAUUGUGGAAAUUUGUAAAAUGUUAAUAUAAAAUUUUUCAAAUUCUAACAGUUAUUCACAUUUUGAAACUAUUAUCAUACAAUAUUUCACCCAACUUUAGACCAUGAUAAGGCUUUGGGAUAUAUUUUGUCUUGUUUAAAAUCUGUAUCAAAUAAAACUGCAAAAAUAUUCCAAAUUAUUUAUUUUCAACACAAAUCACUUUCCAGUUUUCCCAUGAAUCUGGCAGCAUCACAUGUCGCCACCAAAAGCUCCAGUGCACCUAUGUAUUUUUCUGUAUUUCUUUAGAAAUUUAAAGCUACAUGAAUUGAUUUGGAUACCGUUGUUACUCCAUCUCUUAAAACUCCUUGUUAUUAUUAACUUUUAAUACUACUCACUUUCAUCUCUUGACAGCCUUUAUGCUUUACACAUUGAAUGUGGCCAUGGCAUUUGCAUUCUUGUCUGCCCUCUAUGGUGAUUUCAUGAAAGCUGUGGGAGCAUCAGAGAGAAUCUUUAUGCUGAUGGACAGGAAACCUGAAAUACCAGAAGAGGGGGGUCAAGAGAUCAUGGACUUCAAUGGAGAGAUCUCUCUAGAAGGAGUUAGCUUCACAUAUCCAUCAAGACCAGAGUCCAAGAUAUUACAGGAUGUUAGUUUUGAUGUACAGCCUGGUCAGAUGGUUGCUCUUGUUGGUCCAUCAGGUGGAGGCAAGUCUACCAUUGUCAAUCUAUUGGAACGCUUCUACAAUCCAGAUUCAGGACAAGUUAAAUUCAGUGGUGUUGAUCUUGCAAGUCUUGAUCCCAGGUGGUUUAGACAAAGGAUCUCAUUAGUGAGUCAGGAACCAGUCCUCUUUGCUUGUUCCAUCAGAGAUAAUAUAGCAUAUGGAAGGAAUGCAACAGAUGAUGAGAUCUAUGAAGCAGCUAAGAUGGCGAAUGCCCAUGACUUUGUGACAGGGUUUGAGAAAGGUUAUGAUACCUUGGUUGGUGAGAGAGGGAUAAUGUUAUCAGGAGGUCAGAAGCAAAGAUUAGCUAUUGCUAGAGCUCUUAUCAUGGAUCCUACAAUACUAUUGCUUGAUGAGGCAACAAGUGCUUUAGAUGCAGAGAGUGAGCAUCUUGUACAGGAAGCUAUUGACAGGGCCAUGGUUGGUAGAACUGUGUUGGUUAUUGCUCAUAGAUUAUCAACAGUCAAACAUGCAUCUCAGGUUAUUGUGAUUAAAAAGGGUAAGAUUGCAGAGAGGGGUACCCAUGAUGAACUUCUCAAUAAGGGUGGUGUCUACAAGAAACUGGUACUUAGGCAGCUCAGUACAGGAGGACAAGGAGGAGGGGUUGGUAUGGUCUCUACUGAGAAGAAUGGCAACCUGGAAGAUGAAGACCUAGAUGAUGUUGAUGAGAUGGAAGAGGAUUAAGUUGCCUGGAUUGAUCUUUUAUCAGGAGAAUAGACCAGUGAUGGAAAUUGAAAUUGAAAAUGGAAUAUCAAAUUGAAAUUUAAAUGCAGAUAGAAUAAACUGUUGGAGAGUGGACCAAUGAAUUUGAAAAUUAUAUUUUGAAAUUUAAUUGCAGUUAUAAUUAACAUUAGAGGUAUAAUUAUGAGUUCAUCAAACAUUGAUUUAAUUGUAUAUUUGAAAUUUUAAAACUAAAAUGAAAUGAAAAUGCAAUUCAAUAGAGAUGUAUGAAGGUUAUAAACUGAGUCAAUAGAUCAAAAACAUAAUUUGAUAUUACAUUCAUUUAAUUUGGUAUUCAAAUUUUGUAGAUGGAUACAAGUUUAAAAAAACACUCUAGACAAAUUUUCAUUUUUUACCCUGAUGUUGAAUUUCUAACUUAUAAAAUUCAUUCAAGAUAUGAAAUUUUGCUUAACAUGUUAAUGAUAAAGAUCCUAGAUAUUGCACUCAAGAGAUGUAAUCAAAAUGUACCUUCAACAUUUAAAAUGGAAAUAGAAACUCAGUAUUUGAUGACAUGAUUUGGACCAUAUGUGAUGUUAUCAUGCAGUGGGAAGUUAGUAUAGUACAGUUAUCUUAUUGGUACAUAAUUAUGUUGAUUCACCUCAAGAAAAUAUAAGAUUUAUAUUAUUGAAACAUACUGAAGAUGAUAGAGAGUCAAACAAAUGAGUGAUUUGAAUUUGAAAUUUAAAGCACUGACCUUUUAGUGGAUUUAGAAAUAAUUUGGCUGCCAUUGAGAUAUUAUUAUUCCAUGUUCCAAGGUGAAGAAUCAUCAGUUUAUUUUCAGCAAAUGACCUGAAAUAGGUUGCUGUUUGUAUAAUAGUCAUGCACAGACAAGAAGUUCUACUGAGGAAAUUCUGUGUUAAAAAUGUUGAAAUUAUAUAUGUUGAGAUGAAAACAAAUCAGAUAUUGCCAUGAAUGAUGAAUAUAGAUUUAUGGAAUUUAUUUGUUAUUGAAAUACGAUCAUAUAUAGCAUAAGCAGGGACUAUUUUCAACCAAUCACUGAUUCUUUUGCCUUCAAUGGAUUUGUGCAAUAAUUUUACCUAUUCAGUGUAUGGGAAAGAGGAGAUUAUCUUGCUGCUGAAUGUUAAUUUACAUAAUUGUUAUCCUGGCAUUGCAAGUGCAGGGUGAGACCCUAAUUUGCAUUUUAUCAGCAACCCUUGUAUUUGGAAUUCCCAAUUAAUUUCUACACCAGAUCAAACAUGAGUCUAAUCAAAGUCAAAAUCUUGUUUAUCUUAUUGCAUUGCUAUGGUGGCCUUUCAUGUUCUGAAACUUUCCAGAAUGUGAAAGAAAUGUUAGAUUACGAUUGGGGUGAAUCUCAACAUUUUAUGGUUUUUUUCAAACCAGACUUUCCCAAUACAGCUCUCUAUUAUUUGUUGAUACAACUGUAUCCCAAAUGCAACAUACAUAUAGAUAUUCAUGAGUCUCCAUUCUCUAUAUAGUGGCAGUCAUCACUGGGCCAGUCUUAUAUUUCGAGAGAAUAUUUUAGAUUUGUACAGGCAUUUACAAACCAUAUUGUACUCAGCGAAAAUUUUAAAAUGCAUGACAUCAUGGAACAAAUUGAUAUUUUGUUUAUUGGCCCAAAUCAGUAUUAUAAUGAUUUGUUUGGCAUUAUACACAUGAUUUUUCAUUUGUUUGGGCCACUUCUGUUUAUAUGUAAUAUCAUGAAUAACAUGUCUAAAUCAUUUCAGGCCAAAAUUGGUAAUUUCUGCAUAUACUGUCCUUUUGAUGUUUAUUAGUUUUCAUCUUUCUUGCUCUUAUUGUAAACAUAUAUGAAGAUGGAUCUGUGUUCAUAUCUGUAUCUUAUUGAGAGUCAUGUUAUAGAAAUGAAUGUUGGUUUUAAUAUUCAUUCAUUUGUAUUGGACCUUUCAGUACUGAUGUAAGUAUGGCUAAUGAUGUUAGCAAUAUCCUUGCCUUUUUAGACAUGAUAUUGUAAAUAAUAGAUUUUUGUUUUACUUUUUAAUACCAAAUAGUGCAAAUGAUGACACAGAUAAAUAUACAUUGUACGUAUAUAAAUGAAACAGCCGUCUUUCUUUGUGAUAGAAUUUUAUAGAUCAUGUUCUGGUCUGGGGCUUUAGGAUACUUUAGAAGAUUCUUUGUAAAUAAAUACAUGUAUGAAGUGCCAAGUGGGGUUCUCAUUUCAUUUAUUAGAUUUAUAUUGAGAAGGGGGUUAUAUCAUUGAAUGUCUGUUGAAUAUAGUUUUACUGAUAUAGACACAAUUUUAAACAAAGAAAAUUUCUAAAUUUUGGUAUUGAUGAGAAAUACUAUCAAAUAUCUUGUAACAUAAAAUACUUUUGAUUUGGCAUUUCAUAUUUUUAAAUGUUCAUAUAAAAAUUUAUUUGGUAAUGAUAAUGAUAAUUUAUAGAGUGCAUAUAUUUAGAAAUAAUGUAUUCUGAAGUGCACUACUAUGAAGAGUAAUAAUAAUAAUAAUAAUGUGAAAGCUCAUGAAGUCAGUUUGUUUAGGUCUUGUAUUUAUGUUAAUUGUUAGGUGUUUGAAUAGAUUUUAAAAAAAUAUAUACAUCCUUGCUUUUUAAAGCUUUUCUGUCAUCCUUUUGAUGACUAUUGUAGUAAGAAUGCUAGAACCUAAGACUAACUGCAAUAACAUUUAUCACCUUCUAAACACACACAGUGUGUUAAAUGUGAUAUGUUAUGUCUAUUUUUAUUCCUACCCCCAUCCUUUGUUUAUUUAUCUGUUGUAUCUGUGAAAAAUAGUAGAUCGUGGCCCUGUCUCACAAAAGGUCGUGACAAUAAAUAUCUUAGUUUAGUUCAGUUUACUCCAACGAUGUUGUAGGACUAAGCCUGUUCAUAUCUUCUGCAAUCAAUUGUGCUCAUUAAUAGAAGAUGUAGAGUUAUGACAUUGACCGUGUUCUAGUCGACGUCCGUAGGUGAGAUUAAUUGGAUCAAUUACUUACUCUUUGUAGGAGACUCAAAUCAUGUAUUAAUAGUUUUACAACAUGCUUCUUAUAAUUAAUUUUCUCUACUUUCUACCAAACAAAUGUUGAUACUUCACUUCUCAACCUGUCAGCCAUGAAAAAUCAUCAGUUACCUAAUGCAUUUUUUUCUAGUAGUUUUCACAUUUUUCCUUGACCAGUACUUGUGUUAUUCCUCAAUUUAUUUAGCCUGAUGAUGAGUGAUGUCAUUAUUAAGAUUUUUUAUAACUCUUUUAAUUAUCUUGUAUAAGUAUUUGGUAUAUAUUGUGACAUGUACAUGUAUUCACUUGAUGAACAUUUCAGUGCUAUGGGUUUUUAUAUUUUACAAUUCAUCAAACAUGAAUGUACAUGUAUGUGGAAAAACAUGUUGACUUUUGUAACUUUUAUCAAUCACACUUUUGUUAAACCCUUGUCACCUAUGACCUACAGUGGUGCUGAAAAAGGUUAGUGACCCCCAACAGAGAAUGUAAAGUGUUCAAGAUCUGCCAUGUUUAGAUAUUUAAUUAUAAAGUCUGAUGAAAAAAUGUUACAUUCAAUAAAGUGUUGCCCUGGGUCAGCAUUGUACUGUUGUUGUUGUCUACAUUCAACACUCAGUAUGAAGGAGUGCAUUUUGUGGUGGGGUUCACUAACUUUUGAGUAUUUCACUUUUGAAGUUCAUAACAUGUGCAAGGGGUGAUUUAUCAACUAAAUUUGAUUUUGAAUUGAUAUCAAGAUAGGUGGAAAAUUUUCAGGAUUAAUCAAAACUUUGGUUUGAAUUUUUGGAGUAGAAUUGAAUAUGAUACAUUAAGUGAGCAAUACUGAUGAUUGAAUAUACAUAUUCCAUGGGUUCUGUUAUUAUCAAGAAAUGAUUUCUGAUGAAUAUCCUCUGUAUUGUUUGGUGUACCAAGUGCAACGUAUUAAAACCAUUUCCAGGACUAUUAUUAAAAAAUAUAUCACUGAAAUGGUUUACACAACACAUCAUGUAUCGUAGACCACUUCCAUGAUUGUCGAUAGCACCAUCAGAGCUGCCAACCAGAUCAAGAACAUUUCAGUGUUUUUAAGGCGGAAAAUCAUUUUUUUUUUUUGGUAAGAAAAUCAGAAUUUUCACAGAAAUACCAUAGGACAACACAUAAACUGAAACUUUAGAAAUCAGUAAUUUGCGGGAAACUACCAGUAUUUUUUUCUCAUUUCUUUCAGUAAUAAUUACUGGAAACCAGUACUACUUGGCAGCUAUGCAACAUGCAAGCCUUCAAACAUCAUCUGAUUAAAUAAAAUGAUAAUUUGUCAAUGUAGCCUUUUGCUCAUUUUAUUUGUAUAUUGUAUACAUCUAAAUGUUAUUGCUGAUAAAACCUGGUGUGUCAGAUUGCUAGCCUAUAGAUUAAGAUACCAUCAAUCUUGUAAUUGAUCACAAUGGUAUUGUUUAUUUUGCAGGACCAUGGUGAAUUCUUUUUUCUUAAAAAAAAAAUUAGACUAAAUAAUUUUAUAUUUGUAAUCUAUUUUUCUGACUUUAAUAAGUGUAUGUCAGGGGCCGCGGAACGGUUUUCAAAGUGGGGGGGCUGACCAUGCUAAAAAUCACAAUCAUAUGGUCAUUUUUACGUUUUUGUACACGGUUUUGGAAAAAAGUGGGGGGGCUGAACCCCCCCCCCCCCCGGUUCCGCGGCCCCUGUAUGUGUUGUAGUUUAAUCCCAUUUCAUGGCGCUAUUUAUGAAUUAUAUAAUAAUUUUUGUUAAUGUUCUAUUUCAAUAGUAUAAUGGGUUGGAAAUACUGCAUAUAGUGCAGACUUAAUUUGUUUUAACUUCAAACAUCUAUCUGCCAAAAUUGAAGCACAUCAUUCUCUCAUUAACAAUUUAAUAACAAGGUAGACAUGUACAAACUGCCACUCUACCUUUUUCAAUCAUCAUUAAUCUACAAAGUAAUAAUUCAUAAAACUGAAUCUUGAAACAAGAUGAUGAUUAAUAUUUUUGUGUGUGAUAUUAGUCUAGAUUGUAGAAAACUUUGAUAGUUUUCAUAAUUUCUCUACACUAUUGCACAAUCUCACUAACUCUUUGCAAGUUGUAGAGUGCACUAUUCUUGAAUUACUGCCGCUCAUUUUAAGAGGUUGUUUGAUGAUGUCAUCUUGGAUAGCUGGCAGGGAAUAGACUAGUAUGAUGUAUGUAAACAUUCCUAGUUGAUCUGUGUCCUGUUACAUAAAGAUUGUUCAUACAGUUGAGUUUGAUGAUCGAUUGCAUUGGUUAUCAUGUGAUAUCAAUCAUAAAAAUAAACAAUACAAUCAAUUACAAA